GGCAGGAGCGAGCAAAAAACUGCCAUCCAAAACCUCCUGCUUCCUGCAGAUUCCUAGAACCUGGUAACAUCAAUCUACAUGUUUACAAUUUCCUUCACAGGCAGCAAUGCGAGGAAACUGAUGAUGUCCAUUAGCUACCGGUGGUACCACUUAUAAAGUCCUCUUGUCAUUGAGUUAGCUUGUCUCAUUGGUGCAGACUGUAACCACAUCUUCUGCGGCUGCCAGCUGGCAACUGCCUGUUCGUAAGACGGAUUGCCUUGUCUAUUGAAGUAUCGGGAUAGAGAUUUCUGAAUUGAGAGCCGGAUUUUCCUACCUGACGUCAAACGGCGAUCUCUUGCCUGACCUGAACGACCGACCUGGCAGCACAACGUCCUUGCGUUUAUGGCCGAGCGAGUGCUGAUGACACUUUGAUAGCGUCAAUUAUAUAGCUGGCAGUUUGUAGGGGUUUGCUUGACACCGGAACGAAAGGUGCAUCACCACGUCGUGUGCUGCCGAUGCUCACGUUACUCAUCUCCGGUCUGCAUCAACCUGGUAAGGAUACGACAACAUCAUCACCGCAGUGGUUCAAACAUUCCUACGGGACACCUCCCCACCCCCAACCGAGGAGAAUCAUGCCGUUGUGCGGUCAUGGGAUGGUUCUGACUAUGGUGGAGAUCGGGCUUUUCGCCACGGUGACGGGGCUUGUUAUGACCCUGAUAGCUUACACCAGAUCGCUGAGCCCCUCAGCAGAAUCUAUAGACCAGAUGAUCAUGUUUAACCUAAAGAUCUUCGGGCCACUGACGCUGUCUAUCGGUUGCGUCUUACUUUUACCGGGGUUCUGUAUCUGCGCAUUCACAGACUACCAGGAGGUGGCCGGGCUAAGGUACGACCGGAGCUCCAGCAGGUCCCACUCGGGGUUUGAGGCGAGUUCCCCCGAGGAAGAGCCCGAUACAAGGCCCGGUGGGACUUUUAUAGCCGAGUAUAGGGAAGCGAGUGGAACGUUCAGGUCAGGGAUGGUACGGAGUGCAAGUAGCCCUGCAUCAAGCACGAGAGAAACGACACCUAACGGUUCCCAUGACAACCUCAUCAGACAUGCGCAUCAGAGGGACCGGGGACAAUUCUAUCUAAUCUACAACCACCACCCUCCUCCGCCCUAUGCGUCUGUCACGGCGCAUGCUCGGGACAGUCACGUGACGUGUGACGUCACCAGUGAGGGCAGGACACCAAGCACGAGCAGGGUGACGUCACGCGAACUUCCGCCAUCUUAUGAAGACGUCAUGAAAGCGCAAGUCAGACGAGUUGAAGACGUUUAAAAUCUGAAGAAUCUAAGGAUAAAUCUUAAGACAUAGGACGUACUCAGAUGAAACAGAGACAUAUGUGCCACGCCCUGUUAGCCAGGAUGAUUUGAUUAUUACAUGGGUGAAAUCAUAUGGGACACCAAAAACUGAUGCGAGCGUGCAAUAGAAAUAGGUUGGCCCAAAAAAAAGAUGCCUUCAUCAUCAUCGGCAUCAUGAAACCUAAGUGAGUCCUAAGUGGCCAGGAUGGUUGAACAAAUGACGAGAGGCUUACGGAGUAAUUUUUUUUGGUAUGCCGAAGAAUAGAGCCUUUAUUUUGUUCUUUAACAUCCUCUUCUUUGACUUUGGAAUUGGCAUAUGUUCUGCUCAUCUUACAGCUGCUUUGUACGAUUAACAGUAUGGUUAAAACUUUUUUUUAACCAAACGGCCGAAAAUUGAUGCGUACGUAAGGAUGUAAUCCAUAUUGUCAAAUCAACAUGGCCUUUAUAACAGAGUUACAACCGAAGAGGAAAGUAGCAUCGCAUACAUGUAGCGCGAAACCCGGGCGUUUAAUAGACCUUUGUUCGCGGGUUUCAGAUCGGAGUUCUAGGAGCAAAAACUUGGUACUAAAUGCUUUUACUGAGCCGGAACUCUUAUGGCUUUCUCACGAUAGAAAAUUAUUCUCGUAAAAUCGUUUGUUGUGCGAUCCUUUUUAUACUAUUACAUGUUGUCUGGCAUUUCGAAUUAUCAUACAGUUAACAUUGUCCUAACAAGUAGGGGCCGCAAUAUGUAACUAAAGAACGCAGCAUUAUUUUUAAAGAAGCAAAAAAAUGUAAUAUUAUAUUCAUGAACGUUCUAUACCUGGUUCUGAAGUCACAUAAAUGGAAUCGGAAUAAAUGGUUGGAAUUGUAAUAAAAUGAGGAAAAUACAUUGUUGAUGAA